AUGGCUCCUCCAGCAUUCUCCGACAUUGCUAAACCAACCAACGACGUCCUCGGCAAGGACUUCUACCACUACACUCCUGUUGCCCUGGACCUGAAGACCGUGGCUCCUAACGGUGUCACCUUCAGCACCAAGGGUAACGUUUCUGGUGGUAAGACCUCGGCCGCAUUGGAGGGUAAAUAUGCCGACAAGAGCACUGGUCUGACAUUGACCCAGGGCUGGAACACUGCCAAUGCCUUGGACACCAAAAUUGAGCUUGCAGACGCUCUUUCUCCAGGCCUUAAGUCCGAGCUGGUCACCAGCGCCGUGCCAGGCGGAAACAGAUCGGUCAAGCUGAACCUGUACUUUGCGCAGCAGUCCAUCAACGCCCGUGCGUUUGUCGACCUGCUCAAGGGCCCAGUCUUCAACGGUGACCUGACUGUUGGCCAGGACGGCUUCACCACCGGUGCCUCUCUGUCGUACGACGUCAAGUCCGCCACUUUGACCGGCUACUCGGCCGCCGUCGGCUACAAGGCCCCAUCCUACGCCGUUUCCCUGACUGCAGCCAACAACCUGUCCGUGUUUGCUGCCGGCUACUACCACAAGGUGUCUCCAGUCCUUGAGGUCGGAACGAAGGGUACCUUUGACUCCAAGUCCGCUGCCGGCUCCAACCCUGUUGCCAUCGAGGUGGCCACCAAGUACAGCCUCGACCAGACCUCUUUCGUCAAAGCCAAGAUCACCGACUCCGGUCUGCUGGCCUUGGCCUACUCGCAGGACCUCAGACCAGGCGUCAAGCUCGGCCUCGGAGGUGCCUUCGAUACUCUCAAGCUUGGUGAGUCUGCUCACAAGCUCGGAUUGUCCUUGUCUUUCUCUGCUUAA